AUGGCCGACGCUUCGCGUCCGAGCGCAAGCUCGCCUGCCCAUCCCCGCGCCUCUGCUCCUCGCAGCGCACCCGCAGCCGCUCCUGGUCGCGCCCUGCCUUGCGCCCGGUUGCGCCCAGGCGCACGCGUCCGCCCUCUCGUUGCCGCGCUCCCGGCCGCCGCUGCUGCUCUCUACUGCUGCUGCACCGCACACCCUCUGCUGCUACCGCGCCUCCGCCUCGCCCCCGUGCUUUGUCGAUGCUCACCGCAGCCCGCGCCCUGCUCCGCGUCGCACCGCUGCGCUGUUGCAGCUCGCCGCCUCGGCUGCUCGCCGCCCCGCCGCCUAGCGCUGCUCCCGCCCGUAGUUGCCGCCCGGCCUGCUGCGCUCUCGCGCGUCGACGAAGGCCGCCGCAUGCCGCCCCCACUGCUGCUGCACGCCGCUCCGCCCCGCCCCUCACCGCCACGGGCGCUGCCCACCACCGCCGAGGGCCGCCGCUCGCCGUUGCUGGCGGUUGCCGGCGCCUCGCCUCCACGCCCGGGCGGGCUACGCUGCCCCGGGGUUCGGGCCAUCGGGCACCCGCACCCACACGCCCGAUAA